CAUGCAGCUGUGAUCAUGCGCAUUAAAAAGAGGCUCCCUUGGGCUCCUCACGCACUCCGGUUCAACACUCGGUCCUCACCAGACACCCUCUCGGAGCCACUGGAUAAUUUUUCUCCUCACAAGGAUGCAGACCUCCAAGGUAGCACAUAGUUUUUGCCACAAGUCUUCAUUCAGCAUCAGCAGCCUCUUGUGGAACGAUGACCAGGAGGAGCAGAGAACCAAACUAUGUUUUCCUCACGAGAAGACGAUGAGAAAGAAAGAAAAAGGAGAGAAGCCUCCUUUUAGUUACAAUGCUCUCAUCAUGAUGGCCAUCCGCCAGAGUCCUGAAGGGCGACUACCCUUGAGCGCCAUCUAUGAGUUUAUCAUGCACAACUUCCCUUUCUAUAGGAACAACAGACAAGGAUGGCAGAACUCCAUAAGGCACAACUUGAGUCUUAACAAGUGUUUUGUCAAAGUACCUCGCCAUUACGAUGACCCGGGUAAAGGCAGCUACUGGAUGUUGGACUCCUGCAGCAAGGACCUCUUCAUUGGGGGUGUCUCGGGGAAGCUACGGCGCAAGAGCACCAGUGACAAGUUUGCAUCCAAAGGAGCAGAGGUCCGUGUGAUGUCCACCAGUGCAUCCUUUUACUGGCCGGUACCGCUGCAGAUGCCACGAGUACGCACCAAUUACUUGCACCCCGGCUUCUCACGCCACGCCACGCCGCUCCUGCACCAGGGAAUGUCUGAUAGCGGACCGGGCUGUGCGUCCUUCUCCACAUCCUACCCGGCAGCAUUCGCCUGGUCUCUGCAGGAUCGUUGUCCCCUCGGUGUAGUCUCAGAGGGACAUGCCAGAUACUUCUACCCGCAGCAAAUACCAUGCAAUCCAUGCCACAAUGGCUGCACAAUGGACCUGGGGGUAUACUGGGGUGACUUCCAGAAAUACCGCCACUCAGUCUCCCAUGCAUGUUCUAUUUAAUAAUGAAAUAUGAUUGAAAAAUAGCAUUUAAAUAAAUCUGAAAGUAAUCAUGUGACGUUACUCAAUUGAACUUAUUAAGCAUACUGUUAUCUUAAUAGUUACUCCUUAUUUUCAUUUAUAAGGUUGUAUAUGUAUUCCAUUCAACUUUUAUUGUGCAUUAUCUGGAAGUAUAUGCAGGUAAACAAAUACCAAAGUGUUAAUAUAAUGUUAAAGCUGUUCCUGUCGAUACAGUAGUUGAGUCUUUUACUAGGAUAAAAAAUCAUAGGAGAGAGAAAAUUGCUUGUGUUAUGAGUACAUUUUGUGAUUGAAAUACAACUCGAAAAGGUCAAAUUGCUUUUCUGCUGUAUUGGUGAAUGCAUUUUAUGUUGCAAAAAAACAACUUUGUUUUAACUCAAACUUAAUUCUGUGUUUUCAUGCUGUGACUUUUUUUUUGUCAUUAUGUGUUAUGAACUUUCUCACUGAAAAGUUGACUUAUUUAGAUUUUGGUGCUCUAUAAAAACAUAAUGUUGACACUAUAUGUGACUGAACUAUAUUGCCAACAUAAGACUAUUUGUACUGUGUAUUCAUAAAAAUACAUUUUAUGUCAUUGAAUAUAUUAAUUCAUACAUUAGCAAGAUUUAUUCAAUGUUGCUGGAAACAAAUUGUGCUUAAACCUGCAUGAGACACUUGUAUCACAGUAGUU